GAGCGACAUUGCUGACGUCUCUAGACUCUGGUGUAAAGCACUCUGGAGUCCCUGCAAGGGUAAAACACAACUCUGCUGUUCAUUUAAUGCGACCCCCUCCCGUGCCUCCUUCCAGCCGUCUAGAAGCUGUUGAGUCGUCAGAAACUAGCCUGGAAUGAUGCAAAUAUUCUUCCUACUCGUUUUCCGGAUAUAUUUGCUCCUUGUUGGCGUCCGUCGCUCCCUCUUGCGACUUGAACCCCCAACUGCACCAUGAACGAAUAUACAGAUGACGCGCAUGUGUUUAUCCGAGUGCGCCUGCAGCCGGGACGGUGUUUCUCGAAGUUGUGCUGCUACUAUUAAUACCGCCUAAUGAACUUAGUCCUAAAGGCGGUUGGUCUUCUCACAUCGCUUGUAUUCGCCGUUCCAGGGUGGGAGGAGGAGGCGGAGGCGUGGCAAAGGGGUUGCGCUGGCUUUCGACUCUUAGCGCGUUGCAGUGCCUCCCUCCCCCGUGCGCGCCGCUCCACCGAAUGGAAGAAACGGAAACCAUGUUUUAAAGUUUCGUUUCUCAUCCAAGCUGAUCCAUAACCAUCCCCUUUAGAACACCGCUGUGGUCUUUCGAUGCGUUGCACCACACAUGCAGCAGAGUGUAAACAUAAAAUAGUGAGUGUACCUGUUUAAAUAGAAUUAAAAGUCGAACCAAAUAUUGGUGGUGGAAGCCUCCCUCCUCUCGACACAUGAGCUCUCUACCAAAUUACUCUGGAGCCAGAAUAUCUGGCUGCUGGACACUAAGAUCUGAUGGCGGUGGGGCUGGUGAUGGCUCACUUGACCGCCUCCUUCCCUCAGUAAGCACAGGCCUUUCACCCCGAAAAAGGACCACCAGCCAGUGCAAGUCUGAGCCACCUCUCCUCCGCACCUCGAAGCGCACCAUUUACACUGCUGGGCGCCCCCCCUGGUACAAUGAACAUGGCACCCAGUCCAAAGAGGCCUUUGUCAUUGGUCUGUGUGGUGGCAGUGCUUCAGGGAAGACAACCGUUGCUAGAAAAAUCAUUGAAGCUCUAGAUGUUCCAUGGGUUGUCCUACUUUCCAUGGACUCCUUUUACAAGGUCCUCUCCUCAGAACAGCAGAGUCGGGCUGCCAGUAACGACUACAACUUUGACCACCCUGAUGCUUUUGACUUUGAUUUACUGACGCACACCGUACGCAAACUCAAGCAGGGCAAGAGCGUGAAAAUCCCUGUGUAUGACUUCACAACUCAUGGACGGCAGAAGGAGUGGAAAACAGUGUAUGGAGCUAGUGUUAUCAUCUUUGAGGGGAUCAUGGCCUUUGCAGAUAAGGCGCUUUUGCAGUUGCUGGACAUGAAGAUCUUUGUGGAAACUGACUCGGACAUCAGGCUCGUGCGGCGGCUGAGGAGGGACAUAACUGAGAGAGGCCGGGACAUCGAGGGCGUCAUCAAACAGUACAACAAGUUUGUCAAACCGGCCUUUGAGCAGUACAUUGAGCCCACCAUGCGCCUGGCUGAUAUUGUGGUGCCUCGUGGUGGCGGCAACAUGGUUGCCAUUGAUUUGAUAGUGCAGCACGUCCACAGUCAGCUGGAGGAGAGGAAACUUCGCUGGGAUAUGGCAGCCCUGGCCUCCGCUCACCAAGCCCAACCCCUCCCCCAGACUCUUAGUGUUCUGGAGAGUACACCCCAGGUCAGGGGCAUGCACACCAUCAUCAGAAACAAGGAAACCAGCCGAGAUGAGUUCAUCUUUUACUCCAAGAGGUUGAUGCGUCUGUUGAUUGAGCGAGCGCUCUCCUUCCUCCCGUCACAGCUCCACAUAGUCCAGACCCCCCAGGGAGAAGAUUAUGAAGGCAGGACUUUCCACGGGAAGAGGAUCACUGGCGUGUCCAUCUUGCGAGCCGGAGAGACCAUGGAGCCAGCUCUGAGGGCCGUGUGUAAGGAUGUCCGCAUCGGAAAAAUCCUUAUCCAGACCAACCAGGACACAGGAGAGCCAGAGGUCCAGCUUCACUACCUGCGUCUCCCCAAAGACAUAAGUGAAGAUCAUGUGAUUCUGAUGGACUGCACCGUGUCCACUGGCGCUGCAGCCAUGAUGGCGGUUCGAGUCCUACUGGACCAUGAUGUACAAGAGGACAAGAUCCUCUUGGUUUCUCUGCUAAUGGCUGAAAUGGGGGUCCAUUCAGUGGCCUACGCCUUCCCACAGGUCAAGAUCAUCACCACAGCAGUAGACAAGAAGGUCAACGAUCUAUUCCACAUCAUACCUGGCAUUGGAAACUUUGGGGAUAGAUACUUUGGAACCGAUGCACCUCCUGAUUGGAGCGAUGAUGACAUGGACGAGCCCAGUUACUGAUUCUUCAUGAAUCAUUGGCGGUGCACUAGCUCAUCAGGUGGUCCAGCAUGAUGAGCAAAAAAUUGACAAUGUACAGUUGUUUUUCUUGCAGCUUUUAAAUUAUUUGAUUGAUUAUGAAGAUGUAUUGUGAUAUGACACAUUUUUGUACAGUAUGUUAACUUUCGCUUUGCUGUUUAACUGGGUUGGCCUUAAAAGUGCAAUACUGUGGAUGACACAACAAAUGUGCAAAUGUAUACACACCGUGAGAAGAAAACUUUAGAAUUGCCUUUAUCUGCUAUGCAGCACACGACGUAACAACGUUUCCAUUCAAGAACCAUUCAUUCGGAAAUGUGUCAGUAAGUUUGUUUUGUUUUUUUUAGUAUGGCUGUUUUUUUUAAUAGUUCUAGUUCAAACCUUUCCUUUUUGUUGGUGUCAAAUGUUGCAGUGUGCAGAAAUAUGGACAUACUGUACCACUGAAUGACGAGCCAGCAAGCAAGGUCUAAAUAGUUAUGACACAGACUUUGUUUCUGUUACGUGAAUUGUUCAUUUCAUUUUGUUAGGGUUAGGGCUAACCCUAACCCCUAACCCUAGCCCUAACCCUAACACCACCCUAUCCACUGUAGCAGUAUUGAAAAAAAGUAAAGGUUAAAUCCUAUAACGUGCAGACUUUUGAUGCUGUAUUCAAGGGACUUUAUUGCUCUUCUCUGUGCAAUCACGCCACAGCACAAGUUUCUCACGGCCAAGUGCUGCUGUUAACACGUCAUUUUGUUGUCAUUCAUACAUUUGCAGUUUGCACUGUUUUGUUUACAACUUCUGAUGCAUGUUUUUUAUAUGUUCAAUAAAAGUGCAAUGCUUUCAAA